AUGGCUACCUCACUCGAGAAGGCUAUCGAGAGGUAUAUCGAUGGCCUGCCUGACUCCGUACAAGACAUUGUUACUGAUUUCAAGGAUACCUCAGCAAUAAAGCCGAGGUCUUAUGCUGAUUCUGUUGUGGCAGCCAACAACAAACAGGUUAAUUUCAGAACUCUGGUAAGUCCGGUGGUGCAGGAUGGUUGUGAUGUGGUGCUGUCUCGGGAAUCGGUUAAGCUGGUUCAAGAUCGAUUAGCUAAUACUCUGUAUGGGUAUUUUUUGGGGGAUCGUGUGGCUUAUCCGGUGGUUGAAUAUUUUGUGAAAAACAAUUGGAAGAAGUUUGGUUUGCAAAAGUCUAUGAUGAAUGCAAACGGGUUUUUCUUUUUCAAAUUUGCGAACAAAGAAGGUAUGUUGAAUGUUCUUAAAGAGGGACCCUGGAUUAUUCGUUCUCAACCUCUCUUCCUUAGUGUGUGGUCGCCUACUGCAAAACUAGAGAAGAAGGAAGUUGAAAAGAUUCUAGUUUGGGUUAAAAUUCAUGAUGUUCCCAUAGUUGCCUAUACAGAAGAUGGUUUGAGUAUGAUUGCUACAACUAUUGGUGAACCGAAAUUGUUGGAUUCGUAUACUACCUCAAUGUGCACGGAUGCGUGGGGUAGGAGCAGCUAUGCGAGAGCCUUGAUUGAGAUCUCAGCUGAAAAUGCCUUUAAAGAGAAAGUUGUUAUUGCGGUGCCUGAGCCAGAAGGUGAAGGCUUUAGUAAAGUGGUUUUGUCGGUUGAAUAUGAAUGGAGUCCUCCUAGGUGUGCUCAUUGUAAGGUGUUUGGUCAUUCUGAUGAUUCAUGCCCGAGUCAGCCUAAGAGGGCUCCUAAGGGGCCGAUCACUGGCCAGAACAAACAAGAGGGAAGCAAUUCCCGGAAGCAAGUGAAACAGCCGGCUGUAGACAAAGAGGGAUUUACGGAUGUGGAGCGCAAAAAAGCGGCUAGGAAAUCAGGGUUUCCUGUUAAUAAGCAGAAGCAGAAAUUCGAGUAUCGGCCGAUUGGUUCCAAGCCGCAGGGUGGGGCUACUACCACAGGUCCGCCACCUAGUGUCAAAACGCACAAUCCGUUUGAAGUUCUUUCGGAUACGGGUAAGAAUGUAGGUAAAAAUGGUGAAGCUCAGCAUGACCAGCAGGAAUCGGAUGAGGAGGAGGGUGACGGUCUAACUAAGUUUACUGAACUUAACUGA